UCCAAAAGCUUGCCGCUAGUGCCUAUACGGACGCUAGGUAGCUAAGGAAGCGGCGCUGAAACAGCGUAUCGAGCGCGGUUACAGACGCGCAGACCGCAUAAGCAGGAGGACAGAACCAUUGGCUCGCAGGAAUCCAAGCGGGAAGAGCCACCACCACCACCACUCCCUCCACCACCACCGCCUGGAGCAGCGGAAGCGGCUGCGCCAACGCCGGCCGCCGCGGCGACACAACAACAAGCCAUGGGCCAAGGUUACAGCCCGUGGGCCGGCCGCCUGCCGGACCAGGCCCGCGUGGUCUGCGACGGGGCACGAGCUGCUACAUUAGGUGCCGCCGCGGGCUUUGGCGCCGCCGCGGCCGUCGGCUACGCCGCGGGCGUCACCGCCGUCACGGCUAGAGUCGCGGAGGCAGCUCCAAUGGCCACGGGCGCGGUCGCAUGCGUCGCCGCCGGCACACUCCUAGCGAGACGACAUCGACACAAGCCGCCGCCGCCGCCGCCGCCCAUAGAACGACGAGGUCCACUCGUAGGGCCCGACUCAAAAGCGCUCAAGGAAGCGCCUCGAAAAGCAUCAGAUGCCAUCCGGCGCUGUCUGGCCUUGUGUCGCGACGACGAGGACGAGGAACGCGACGGCCACCGUCUGGUCCUGAACUUCGAGCUGCAACUCGAGGCGGACGGCGUCUUCGACAAGUUCUGGCGCGACGACUUCUACGCGCGCGUAUUGGAGGAAAAGUGCCACAACGAGGGGUUGGAGACUUCUGCGUGGACGCUGGUAGCCCACGACGCGCACCAGCGGAGCGUGACGACGCUGCACCCGCUCGCUGGGUCCGUGCGCAUACCAGGCGUGCCUUUACAUGUACCGACGGCCAAGGAGCAGAUCAUGGUGCACCACCCGGCGGCCGGCGUCGCUCUGGCCAUUUUCGAGUCGUCUAGGUUCGAAAAAAUACGGUACGCGAAAGCUCUAUCCGUAGAAACGACCUGGCUCUUCUGCGACUCCGACCAACUCGACCAGUGCAUGGCGCGCGUCUACUAUCGGUGCGUGUUUGACGACGCCGUUUUGAGGGUCCCAGGCUGGCUCAAGGCUUUUUGUGAUCAGCGGACGCGCGAGGAGCUGCGGGCGACGUACGGGCGGUGGGUCCACGCCGCCGGCGCGGAUGAGGAGGACGAGCGGCCGCCGCUGCAGAAGGAGACUGUGUGCUGGGGGCUGGUGCGGGAGACGGAGCGCAGGCGCGAGACGUGCUGGUGCUUCGGCGGCGAGGCGGAGCCGGAUCCCUCGUUCUCGGUGCGGGAGCCGGCCCGGGGGUAAGUUUUAUACAUGCAU